AUGUCAUUACAGGGUAAAAUUGAAAUUAAAACUAUUCAACGUAUUAUUGCACCUACUUUUUAUGUACGUUCAAUUGAUUUAGAUGAGAGUAUGGUUAGAAGAAAUGGAACAAAGUCAACAUUAUCUAUUAAUGUAUCAUUUCCACCGUUUAUAUAUUCGAGUUAUGACAUUCAAACAAAGAGAAAUUUAAGGUUUGUUCAAAGGUUUGAAAACUCAAACAAAAAGAAUAGAAUGCAGUUAUUAAUUAUUGAUAAAGACAUGAAAGUUAUUCACCCUAGUAAUAUUCGUAUACGAAUAAAUAAUGAAACAAUUAGUACAAAUUGUUUUGGUAAUAUCCCAAAGAAAGGAACAGCAUUUAUUGAGGGAAUUGAUAUUACAGAUUUCUUAUUUAUGGGAAAAAAUAUUAUUAGUGUUGAAACACUUUAUGAUAAUACUCGUGUUGUGUUAUUUGAAGGACUUGCAUUAACAAUUAAUCAAACCAUAAAUAAAUUACUUCAUGAAAUUCCUCAUGGUAAGUUUGUUCCUGACGUUGAUUUAGAUAAUGAUGAUGUGGAUGAUGAAAUAAUAGAAGAACAACAAGUUUUAUCAUUGCGUUGUCCAAUUAGUUUCCAAACUAUUGAAAUUCCAGUACGAGGAAAGAGAUGUUCUCAUUUGAGGACAUUUGAUAUGAAAUCAUUUAUUGAAACUGCACAAAAAUCAGGAUAUUAUGAAUGUCCAUUAUGUUCUGAACCAAUACAACCGAGUGACUUAAUUAUUGAUCAACAAAUGGAAUCAAUAUUAAAAGAAAUGAAAGAUAAACCAAAUGUUGAAGAAGUUGUUGUAACCCAAGAAGGUCAAAUACUUCCAAAAGUUGAAGAAAAUAAUGAAUUGGGAGAUGAUGAAGAAGAACUUCGACUAUUAAAAAAAGGAAAAGAAAAAAGAGAAAAAGAGUAUGAGCCGUUUGGAGAUAAACCUCUUCAAUUUAAACCUAAUACACAUCCUCCUAAAGAAACAUAUUAUGACAGGCACACUGCUCCAAUACCUAAUCCUUUUAUACCUGAAAAAAGAGGGUAUUUGGAUUUACCUAAUGAAAGAAGAAAUGAAUUGUAUAAUCAACAAAACCAAAUGCCUCUAUAUUAUGUAUCUCCAUAUAAUUCUACCCAAUCACCACGUCAAGAAAUUCCUCUGACAAAUCCUCAACAUUAUCCUUACAAUACUUCUGAAUAUCAUCAACGAGUUUAUAAUUAUCAAAAUUCUCCUAAUUUUUAUCCACCUCCAUCGUAUAUUUUUCCUCCUGAUGAACAACCUUUAAAUUAUCAACUAAAUACACCAUAUAAUUAUAUAGGAUCAUCAACAAAUCCACAUUAUCGACAAAUAAGAGCAUAUCAAUAUCCACAAAGACAAUACAUUAUUGAUGAAGCAACAAAACCUCAUUCGAUUAGUUCAAGUAAUACAUACCGAAAUAACUUUCAAAAUGCAAUCAGAACAGGUAAUACAAAUGUUUUCAGAAAUUAUGACCAACCCCAACAACAUGAUGACACAUUUACAACAACCCAAACUGAUGAUACUCUUCCGAACGUAACAUAUUCUACUCAUUUAGAAACAAUGGGAGGAUCACCUGAUGAUCCAAUUUGUCUAUAA